UGCUCAAGAUGGCGCUGCUCGCGAUACAUUCUUGGCGCUGGGCAACCGCGGCGGCUGCUUUCGAAAAGCGCAAGCAUUCGGCGAUUCUGACCCGACCUUUAGCCGCUGUCUGCGGCUCGGGUCCGCAGUGGAGGUCGCAUCAGUGCGGCGCUUCGGGGACUUCUCGACUCUCCCGGGUGUGUUGCCACGCUCUUGCAACGGUGUGUCUGGGACCAGAGUGCACAUGCCAUGAUGACACAGAUUUGAAGUUCAGAGGACAGCUUUGCCUGCGGAGAUCAGAAGAGGACAUCAGAUUCCCCUGGAACUGGAGUUACCGGACAGUUGUCAGCCGCUAUAACCCAGAAUCAUUAAGAAAUGCUACGUGGCAGAGAUGGGGAAAAGACAAUUCAAGACAGUUACUAGAUGCUACAAAGACUCUUCAGACAUGGCCACUGAUAGAAAAGAGAACAUGUUGGCAUGGUCACGCGGGAGGAGGACUCCAUACAGACCCAAAAGAAGGGUUAAAAGAUGUCGAUACUCAAAAAAUCUUAAAAGCAAUGCUUUCUUAUGUGUGGCCCAAAGACAGGCCAGAUCUUCGAGCUAGAGUUGCCAUUUCCUUGGGAUUUUUGGGAGGUGCAAAGGCUAUGAAUAUUAUGGUUCCAUUCAUGUUUAAAUAUGCUGUAGACAGCCUCAACCAGAUGUCGGGAAACAUGCUGAACCUGAGUGAUGCACCAAAUACAGUUGCAACCAUGGCAACAGCAGUUCUCAUUGGCUAUGGUGUGUCAAGAGCUGGAGCUGCCUUUUUUAAUGAAGUUCGAAAUGCAGUAUUUGGCAAAGUAGCCCAAAAUUCAAUCAGAAGAAUAGCCAAAAAUGUAUUUCUCCAUCUUCACAACUUAGAUCUGGGUUUCCAUCUGAGCAGACAGACAGGAGCUUUAUCUAAGGCAAUUGACAGAGGGACAAGAGGUAUCAGUUUUGUUCUCAGUGCUUUGGUAUUUAAUCUUCUCCCCAUCGUGUUCGAGAUGACACUUGUCAGUAGUGUUUUGUAUUAUAAAUGUGGAGCCCAGUUUGCAUUGGUGACCCUAGGAACACUUGGUGCAUAUACAGCAUUCACAGUUGCUGUCACACGAUGGAGAACUAGAUUUAGAAUAGAAAUGAACAAAGCGGAUAAUGAUGCAGGUAACGCUGCUAUAGACUCACUGCUGAAUUAUGAAACUGUGAAGUAUUUUAAUAAUGAAAAAUAUGAAGCACAAAGAUACGAUGGAUUUUUGAAGACAUAUGAAACUGCUUCAUUGAAAAGUACCUCAACUCUGGCUAUGCUGAACUUCGGCCAAAGUGCUAUUUUCAGUGUUGGAUUAACAGCUAUAAUGGUGCUUGCCAGCCAGGGAAUUGUGGCAGGUGUCCUUACUGUCGGAGAUCUAGUAAUGGUGAACGGACUGCUUUUUCAGCUUUCCUUACCUCUUAACUUUCUGGGAACUGUAUAUAGAGAGACCAGACAAGCACUCAUAGAUAUGAACACCUUGUUUACUCUACUUAAGGUAGACACUCGAAUUAAAGACAAAGUGAUGGCUUCUCCCCUUCAAAUAACAUCACAAACAGCUACAGUGGCCUUUGAUAAUGUGCAUUUUGAAUACAUUGAAGGACAGAAAGUCCUUAGUGGAGUAUCUUUUGAAGUCCCUGCAGGAAAGAAAGUGGCCAUUGUAGGAGGUAGUGGGUCAGGAAAAAGCACAAUAGUGAGGCUAUUGUUUCGCUUCUAUGAGCCUCAAAAAGGUAGCAUUUACCUUGCUGGUCAAAAUAUACAAGAUGUGAGCCUGGAAAGCCUUCGACGGGCAGUGGGAGUAGUACCUCAGGAUGCUGUUCUCUUCCAUAAUACUAUUUACUACAACCUCUUAUAUGGAAACAUCAAUGCUUCACCUGAGGAAGUAUAUGCAGUAGCAAAAUUAGCUGGUCUUCAUGAUGCAAUUCUUCGAAUGCCACAUGGGUAUGACACCCAAGUAGGAGAACGAGGACUCAAACUAUCAGGAGGAGAAAAACAGAGAGUAGCAAUUGCAAGAGCCAUUUUGAAAGACCCCCCAGUCAUUCUCUAUGAUGAAGCCACUUCAUCAUUAGAUUCAAUUACUGAAGAGAUGAUUCUUAGUGCUAUGAGGGAUGUGGUCAAGCACAGAACUUCUAUUUUCAUUGCACACAGAUUGUCAACAGUGGUUGAUGCAGAUGAAAUCAUUGUUUUGAGCCAGGGGAAGGUUGCUGAGCGUGGUACCCACUAUGGUUUGCUUGCUAAUUCUGGAAGUAUCUAUUCAGAUAUGUGGAAUACCCAGAGCAGCCGUUUGCAGAACCAUGAUAACCUCAAAUGGGAUUCAAGGAAAGAAAGUAUCUCUAAGGAAGAGGAAAGGAAGAAACUACAAGAAGAAAUUGUCAAUAGUGUGAAAGGCUGUGGAAACUGUUCCUGCUAAGUCACAUGAGACACGUUCUUUUCUGUUUGUUUUGUCUUGUUUCACUUUGGAAUACAUACACAUUUGCACUGAAGCAGAACUGUUGAAUUAAAACAAAAAUCAUGCAUUCCCAUUUUCCUUAAUCCCUUUAAAUAAGAUUUAUUUAAAGAGGGUUAGGUUUCACAAUCUGUUGAAUGUGGCAUCGGUAAUUAUCUCCAAAUUAUUUGUUACUGCCAAGUUGUUGCAAUUUGACUUAACCCUGUUUGAAGUCUGAUAUCCAUCUAAUACCCCUAACCAGAAGAAUCAAUUGAUUUCCAAAUUUAUGUUGUUUUUAGAGCCGCCUCUGUGCUAAGAAAUUGUAGGGAGAGUGUCUUUUACUUAAAAUUAAACAAGGAAAAAGAACAGUGUAGGUUUGUUUCUCCUCUCUCUACCCUCCAACUGAAUAUUUCCUUGAUGUGAAAAUUAGUUUAGAAACACAGUUAAAGUUAGAACUUGCCAAAAAUACGCAUGCUUUGGAUGUUUUAGAUACCUAUGCUUACAGCUUUUAAACCAUUUCCAUUUACGCCCUUUUUAUUCUCAUGUUGAUGUGUAGAAUAUUGUCUUUAUCCACAAUUGUAACACUUGUUUGAAUUUUAUUUUUCCAUGAAAGUGAGUCGUUGCUUUUGUUUUGGACCAAAAUUUAUGCAUUUUUCUUUAAAGACUCACAAACCUGGAUGGAAAUCAUUUGAGACUUACUAUAUUGGGAGUAAUCUCAAUAGCCUAGGAAGUUAAUACCCUUUCCUAUUUCAUCUUAAAUGCACUUCUUUUACUAUCUGAAAUUAUACAUAGAGGAUAUCGUGCAUCCACAUAUGUGUGUGCGUGCUUGUACAGGUAUAUAAAUCAGUGUCAACUUAAAAAGGAGUCUAAGCAAUAUAAUCAAGUUUUACUUGGAAAAAAAAUAGAAAAAAAAGGUUUUACUUGCUAGAAAUAAUUAAUAAAAUGAUGGCAUAUGUUCACUUAAAACAUUGUUUUCCUUGCACCCAGACCUAUAGCCUCAGCACUUGGGAGGAUAAGCCCAAAAAUUCAAGAGUAGCCUUGUCAAUAUAGUGAGACCCUAUCUCUUAAAACUAAAAAAGAAAAUGAAAAGUUCCUCUCAUUUCAGUUUCAAUUUAAUUUGUUUGAUAGUGCUCAUUCAAUUUUAAAAACUUAUAUGUAUCAAGAAUGACCACAUAAUCUUCUGUAAUGUGGUUUUAUUUCUCAGGAACGAUUCUAAAUUGCUUAUUGCUUUGUGGUUUUAAUGCUUUUUAAAUGAUAAUUUAGUAUGAGAGAUAUUAAUAUUUUUUGAUUUGUAUUGUUGGCAAUUGUGAAUAAAUAUCUUUUGUUAUAUAAAGAUAAUUUGAUAAUCUUGGGCCAGUAUUUCAGAGUUAGUCUUUCAUACCAAAGUAAGCCAUGCAGGAUCUUGCUUUUAAAGCUGAAGUUAAUGCUGCGAUGUUUCAUGAAGUGAAAAAUAAAUUUUGUUUCGUUGAUAUUUCUUACUCUAAAAGACAUAUUGUUGCUGUUCUCAAGGGAAAAAGCAUUUCCUUUCAGUAAAUCAGCUACAUUAUUGGAAAUGUAAUUAGACUCUAGAUGGAAAUUUUGCUUCUCUGUUACUUAUAUAUCCAGUGAUGCUGUUGGAAAUUGAGCUUAGGUACAUGGGUAAGCAUAUGUGAAUGAAAUAGUCAUUAGUAAUAAUUCCUUUUGAAGUGUGAAGAGCAGUUUUCAAAGCAAGUUAUUUUGUUAUAUGGGGAACAUUUAGUUUAAAAAAGUAGGAAUAUUUUCAGGGUAGGGAUUAAUUUACCCCCACUAAGAGAUUUGGGAACUAUUUUCCUUUCAUAUGAUUGUAGAUGGUCCCUAGGCCACUGUGGUUAUUAACCUGUGUUUUCAGCUAACCAAAACUUAAAUUACCUGAAAAACACAGUUAGUGGAGAAACCUUAAGUCUUAAAGAUGUCUCUCUUAAAACCACGUCAUAAUUAGGUGGUUCUCUAAAGGGAAAUUAUAGACAGAUUACAAUGAAAGAAACCUUCCUAGGAUGACUCAGUCAUAAGAAAUGCCAAGAAAAGGGCAUUUAAUUAUAAUAUACUAAUUUUACAUUACAACACCACAUACUUAAACAAAAGGACAAUGUGUGUAAAAUUUUAAGUCAGUGUUGCAGUGAUGUUUUUAACAUAUUGGGAUGAAUAAGUGUAGAUUUAGAACUGAGCUGUGAAAAUGAAGCAAUAUGAUAGGGGUUUACUUCUUAUCUCUUUAUUUUGAAAACUGAAAAUUUUUACUUUCUUAAGGAAAUCCCAGUUUAUAAAAAUGAGCUUGAAACCAAGGUAAUUUAGGAUCAUAAAAACUGGGCCAGAUGCCUUACUGAAGUAAGGUUUUUAACAUAGAACUAUCGUGGUGAGCAGAUGGCCUCAUUUACAAAUUUUUUUAACAGCUCAAGUCAGGGUCACUUGUGAUACUCAGAAAGAAACCCUCACAUUUGUACAUGAAGAAGCUUGAGAUAUGCAUUGACUUUUCCUCUGCAGGGAUUUGCACCUUUUGUAUACCUUAAGAUUAAUUUUUGUCUUUCCUGUCAAUGUUGAUAAGUCUCAUUUCAUGAGGAUGGCUACUUUUUUAAAAAGAAAAAUGUUUGGCUUUAAAGGCCAGGUAUUCAAAAACUGUAUGAUUCUAUGCUCCUAGAUUGCUUUUUUCAUACAGCCAUCUUCUAUCCUUCCUACCUGCCAAAUAUGUCACUGAGUAUCAAUUUUCUCUAGUGUAUAUUCAUAAUUCUCUUGUAACUUGAUUAUAGGGUAUUAUGUUGUAAAUUAGCAGUUGAAUAUGUUUGUAAUUGCAGUUUGUUUCCAAUUAUAGAAAAGUCCUGUCUUUUCCAUUCUCUGAGUAUAUUGAUUUGAAAUGUACUGUAAGGUAAAUCAAAAUGUUGAGUAAAAUGAGCCGGGUAAAACUGGUUAAGACAAAAGAGCUCAAUGAAAGAAGCCCUUAACCACAGUUCUCUUGUUUAUAGAAAUGUCCGUGGCUAAUCAUUACUGAAUAAACAUUUUUGUGCC